CUUCACGGACUGAAGGUGCGAGGCAACACGUGAGCAGACGUCCAGAACAUUGAACAAAGCACACAGAACAAGUCCCUUGUUGCCAUGGCGUCUAUGUGGGAUGACUUGGAAAGUCUGGUGAAUUCUCCCUCAUCCUUCGAAGCGCCGAGCGGCAAGCGUGGAACCAUCAGGCCCAAAGCCGGGUUCAAUGGCGGAGACGACGCGGCGGCGCUGAGGAAGGCCAUUAAGGGACUCGGCACCGACGAGGCGACUCUGGUUGAGAUCUUGACCCAUCGGAGCAGCGCUCAGAGGCAGCUCGUCUGUGAGGCCUACAAGGAAGCCACCGGCAGAGCGCUGGUGGAGGACCUGAAAGGAGACACCAGCGGACCCCUGGAGGAGCUGCUGGUGGCGCUCGCCACGCCGCCCGCCGCCUUCGACUGCCACGAAGUGAUGAAGGCCAUGAAGGGCGUCGGGACCAACAACGACGUCUUGAUCGAGAUCUUCUCCUCCAGAAGCAACCAGCAGAUCGCAGCCCUCACCGACGUGUACCUGCAAGAAACAAAGAAGAAGUUGACCCUUGACCUGAAGGGGGAGAUCUCUGGAGGCUUCUCCACGGCGCUGCUGCUGCUGGCCGAGGGGAAAAGGGAGGAGAUCACCGCGGUGGAUACGGAGAAGGCAAAGAAAGACGCCAAGACCCUCUACGACGCCGGGGAGAAGAAGUGGGGAACGGACGAAUCCAAAUUCAUCGACGUCCUCUGCCGGAGAAGCGUCCCCCAGCUGAGACAAACUCUGCUCGAGUACAAGAACCUCAGCGGGAAGACGCUGCAGCAGAGCAUCCAGGCCGAGAUGUCGGGGGAGCUGGAGGAGCUGCUGGUGGCCAUCGUGAAAUGCGUGAAGAGCGUGCCGGCCUACUUCGCCGAGCGCCUGCACGAGAGCAUGAAGGGCGGUGGAACGGACGAGUCCACGCUGAACCGCAUCAUGGUGAGUCGGUCUGAGAUCGACCUGCUGGACAUCAGAGCCGAGUUCAAGAAGAUGUACGGGCGCUCGCUGCUCUCAGCCAUCAAGUCGGACGUGUCCGGCCUGCAUGAGAACUGUUUGGCGUCCAUCUGUGGCGGAGACGACUGAGGAGGACAUCUGCUUUGUUACUUCUGCUUAGAAACUCUACAAUUAUGUAGAAAAUGAUGAAUAAAAACAAGUCAAAGAAAGUAACGACAGUUAAAAAGUGACUUUACUUCUAUAAUAUAAAUCAACUCUUAGUCUCUUAAUUCAAAGGAAAUCAGAGGGCUGAAUUUGUUACUCGGGUUAAUUUACCAAUGAAUCUUUUUUGAUACCUGUGUGAUAUUCCAGCAGCAUUAUACAUGUUUUAUUUCUGCUCCAUAAAACCAAGCUUCACCACAAUAAGACUCAUUAGAAGUGGUUAUUACAUUAAAGUCGGUGAAGAGUAAUGUGCCUUUCCAAAUGGAGAUGACUGUAUUUCAUCUUUUUAUUGUCAUUUACCCGUACGUCUGCAUCUUUAACCGCCUCACAUUCGGGUGAGAUGAUUUAGUUUUUCUGAAUAGUUGUAGUUCUGGUGGCGACCAGCAGGAGGCGCCACUCACUCAGCAGCAGCUUUUAAGAGGCUUAAAGGGACGUUUAGGGAGGAACUGAGAAUAAAGGAGAUGCACAGAAGCGUUUAAUCUCGUGUGACUAAUGAGGACACAAAUAAACCAAAGUACAACAAAGCCAAAUAUAAUACAGAA